ACGGACAUCAAGUCAUGGCAUAGUAUCUACCAUGCUGCCCUCUGGUCCAGUUUCUGUUGCAUUGCCUUGAGGUGAUACUUUUCUGCAAGCCUUCGCUGUGUACAGAUUUGUCUGUAUCUAUCAAGAUGUUCUUGGAACGUUUCUCAGAAGAAGCAAAUCAUACCUGCAGACUGGCCUCACGUAGGUAACACUGAGCAUGUGUGAAUACCCAGGACACUGAGGUGGUAUUAGUGUCUAUUGGACUCUGAUAGCCAACUAUGAGAGCACCUUGUCCCUCAGUGUGCCAGUUGUUUCCUGGGGCAGUACCAAGAGAGGAUAAAGAACUUGAAGAUGCACUAUAACGAUAUCUGGGAUGAUAGUAGACCUCCCAGAUGUGGAAGAAAAUCCUGCCUCACUUUGGCACUUUGGAAUCAGCACCAAGAAGGGUACCCAUAAGUUUUCUCUUGGGAGAAGAGAAGGAUACUCCAUUCAGACUCAGGAUCUGAAUACAGACCAGGACAUGUCUGAGACUGUGCUGGGCAUCCAGAUCUCUUUGUAGAGACAGAAACUCCAGAGACAGCAGCCAAGUGGGUUUGGGAGGAGAGAAGCUCAGGAAAUAAGGGAAUCUACACAAGGUGCUACGAAUUUACCAAGGCCACAGCUGGAGAAUUCUGGCUCGCUAGCUGAAGCAUUUGAUCAGAUGUCUGGCAACAUGAGAGAUGAUUCUUGACAAAUUUUCCUGUCAACAAGUGGAAAACAAGGAAAACAUGUUGCUUUUUGACUUCUAGAGAGACAUGGGAAGGGACAGUGGAAUUUACAAAAUGCAUUCAGGAAAAUGGAAGUUUGAAGAUGAUAAACUAAACUGAUUUUCUGAUUGCCAAGACAAGUCUAGGGAAGAGGACAGAGAAACUAUGGCAGGGAGACUGCGUAAUGGGGAAAAGAAGCUGGAAGAGCAAGAGUUCCAGCAGGAGCUCUGCAGGGAGUACAUGCAUUGCCCGAAGGCAGGCUGCACGGCUUUAAGACAGCAGCAGAAAAGAAGAAAUGGAGUCUCAAUGAUGGUAAACAAGACUGUUCCUCGUGUUGUUUUGACACCAUUAAAGGUGUCUGAUGAGCAGUCGGAUUCACCUUCAGGAUCCGAAUCUAAAAAUGGUGAAGCAGAUGGUUCUGAUAAAGAGAUGAAACAUGGGCAAAAGUCUCCAACUGGAAAACAAACAAGCCAGCACUUAAAGAGGUUAAAAAAAUCUGGUUUAGGACAUUUGAAAUGGACCAAAGCUGAGGAUAUUGACAUAGAAACACCAGGAUCUAUUCUAGUGAACACUAACCUGAGGGCUUUAAUAAAUAAACACACCUUUGCUUCUUUACCUCAGCAUUUUCAACAAUACCUCCUGCUUUUGCUUCCAGAAGUAGACAGGCAGAUGGGGAGUGAUGGAGUUUUGCGCCUCAGCAGCUCUGCUCUGAAUAAUGAAUUCUUUGCCUAUGCAGCACAGGGCUGGAAGCAGCGACUGGCAGAAGGGGAGUUUACACCAGAAAUGCAGCUGCGCAUCAGGCAAGAGAUCGAAAAGGAAAAGAAAACAGAACCUUGGAAAGAAAAAUUCUUUGAAAGGUUUUAUGGUGAAAAAUUGGGAAUGUCGAGAGGGGAAUCAAUGAAACUCACUGCAGUGCAGAACAAUGAGGGGGAUGAAAGCAAUUCUGUAUGUGGAUCUUCUGGCACAGCUGGGCCUUCUAAGCAAGCAACCUUUGAUGACCAAGAAGAGAAAGGCACUAAAAUUCCACCUUUACCAGAGAAAGAUUAUUGUCCAACUCUCUGUAGUAUGCAACAGGUUCCUGCAAAGGAUGUAACAGCAGACUCAGAGGAUAUACUGAUACCUGAAGAAUCAGUCAUUCAAGAGGAGAUUGCUGAAGAGGUUGAGACAAGUAUUUGUGAAUGCCAGGAGGAGAACCAUAAAACAGAACAUGAGUUUUCUGAGGAGUCAGUGAGUCCAGCUGGCACAAAUGAAGAAACAGAGGCAGUACAGCUUGCAGACAGUGCUGAGUCCUGUGUCAUGAUGAAUGAUGUAACUGAUACUGUAUCUCACGUUGAAAUUAAAGUGGAGUUGAAGUCAGAAUGCCCUCAGGAGGAGAUGUCAGUUGUGAUAGAUCAGCUGGAGGAUUGCGUAUCACCAGCACAAUCAGCUUCAUCCACGAACUCUGCCAGUGAUACAGCAGAGAAGGAUUCUGAGUCUGCAAAAGAGCUAAUUGCACCAGAAAUGCAGAAUGCAGGUCUGGAAGGCUCCUUGUUCGCUGGUGGAGGCAUUGCAGUGGAUAUGGAGCUUCAGAGUGACCCUGAGGAGCAGCUGUCUGAGAAUCCUUGUAUUUCUGAAACUUCCUUUUCCUCUGUAAGUCCAGAAGGACCAUGUGUGUGUAUUGCAUCUCCUGGAGGAGACACUCAGUCAACUUCAGAGGAACCCUGUACUCCAGCAUCUCUUGAAACAGCUUGCUCAUCUGAAGUGUCCAGUACUGAAAACAUUGAAGGUGAUAUUCAGCAAAAGGCUAGUGAUGAAAACUUGCACACACCUUUAAUGUCAGAAAUCUCUCCAAUGUCGACCUCACCUGUAACCUCGGAAGCAUCUCUGAUGUCAAAUUUACCUUUAACAUCAGAGGCAUCACCAGCUUCUAAUUUACCUUUAACGUCAGAAACCUCGCCAAUGUCUGAUUUGCCUUUAACAUCAGAAACAUCUUCAGUGUCUUCUGUUCUAACUUCUGAAGCAUCUGUGGCAAAUAGUUUGCCUCUUCCAUCAGAGACAUCUCCAGUUUCUAAUUCCCCAAGCAAUGAAAGACUUAUUCUGCAGCAGAGGAAAUCACCGUGUCUGUUGGAAGACUCUCUUCCCACUUUGAAAGAGGAAAGCUCUGCCAUUCCUAAGGUGGUUCAAGAAGAGAAUCUUGUUGUUCAGCCAAAGCAGCUUCAGAGUGCCCCUGAAAAUGUGAAAGUUGUUCCACUAACAAUUGUACCUGAUACUUCAGUAUUAGAAGAGCCUCAAAGCAAAAGCCUCAGUCAUCAGCCAUGUAAAUCACAUCCUGAAAUGGAGAAAUCCUACAUUGCUUCCAUCCCAGAACACUCUCCUCCUGAGGUGAUCAAAGUUAAAAAUCACAGUGUUCAGCAAAGAGGUGACAAGAAAGGUACACUCUUGCCAUCAGAGGUGGCUGUCUUAUCAGAAGGAUCAGCUGGAAAAAACAUUGAAUUGCUUCCUUCAAAGCCACAUGAUAAACUAUAUACCUCAUCUCUAGAGAAAGCUACCUUCUCUGAAGUGUGCAGGAGUAAAUCUCACAAGCUAACAGGCAGCACCCAAAGCCGUCUAGAGAGCUCACAUUCUUCCAAAUCAUUAGAGCCCACAAAAUCACCUGAAGUGAGGAAUGAAAGUAGAGACCCAGAGAUCCCAAAGAGGAAGACAGCAGAACAGCACACUUUUGGAAUCUGCAAGGAGAAGAGAGCUAGAAUAGAUGAUGAUCAGCCUAGCCGUAGUGCUUCAUCAACCAGUCCAUCUGAGAAAGAUCAGCCGCCCAGAGAAGAACCCCGAGUUCCACCCCUGAAGAUUCAGCUUUCAAAAAUUGGACCACCUUUUAUCAUCAAGAGCCAACCUAUCUCUAAACCAGAGCCUCGAGUUUCCCCAAGCACUUCGGUCAGCAGCGGGAGAAACACUGGGGCUAGAACUCUUGCAGAUAUCAAAGCACGAGCUCAGCAAGCAAGAGCCCAAAGAGAAGCUGCAGCAGCAGCAGCCGUGGCAGCAGCUGCAAGCAUAGUCUCUGGAGCAAUGGGGACCCCAUGUGAAGGUGGGAAGACAAGAACACUGGCACAUAUCAAGGAGCAAACGAAGGCCAAGCUAUUUGCAAAGCAUCAAGCCAGAGCCCAUUUACUCCAGACUAAUAAAGAGUCUAAGUCACAGUUCAGCUCAAAGGAAAGCACUUCAUCUCUGGAGAUACCAGCUUCUACUGACACAAAGAUUGAAGGUUCUACAGGUGUCAUUAUAGUUAAUCCUAACUGCAGGUCCCCUAGCAACAAGUCUGCUCAUCACCGUGAGACCACCGCGUUACUGCAGCAGUCACUUAACACGGCCACGUUACCAGAAACUGCUACUGAGCUAUCUGUGCACAGUUCUGAUGAAAAUAUACCUAUGCCACAAUUGUGUGAGAAAAUUAUUUCAUCUACCUCUACUGAAAGUAACAGUGUGCCAGUGCUUUAUAAUAAAAGUUCAGUCUCUGUGUCUGUUUGCAGCACUGCUAUGUCUGGAGCAAUUAAAGAACUUUCUUUUGCAAGUCCUGUUGAUAAAUCCUCUGUUUUAAUGUCUGUUGACAGUGCAAACACAGCAGUUUCAGCUUGUAACAUAAAUAUGCUGAAAACCAUCCAAGGGGCUGAUACUCCAUGCAUAGCCAUUGGACCAAAAUGUAUAGAUGGCAGUAGUGUACCAGUCUCCAUAGACAGCACGGCCCUGCCCAGUGCCAUCGAUGACAAAAGGUUGCCGAUGCCGAGUAGCAAUGCGAAUACCGCAGUCUCCAGUCACUAUGCCACUGUGCCAGCUUCAUCUAUUGCUCAUAACUUGCCAAAUCAUCUCUCUAGUAGUUCUGUACUCAUUCCCCCAGUGGGGACUGCCAACAGAUUUCCUUCUGAUAAGAUAGCCAUAACCGGGUGUAACGAGCAGAGCACUGUCUCCAUUCACACCACCGUUAGGUCAGCUUUAAGUUGCAGUGAGGCCCUUGCAGGAGCAGAUUCUGUGGCAAGGGCACCCAUUUCAAUGUUUACUGGUAACAUGGUGACAAUAAGCUCCUAUGAUAAUGCUACUAAAUUAAAUGCUGAUCUCUUAGAAAAAAGCUCUGGAGCACGAAACCGAAUGGAUCUCUCUGGUAAAUCUCAGCCAGUGAACUUCACACAAACUGCCAUGAAUAGGUCUAUACCUUGCAAAGUCAUUGUUGACCACACUACAAAUCUGAAUUCCAGUCUCUCACUUUCUUCUUCUAUUGAAAAUGCAGACAACAGCAUUGACCUGCAGAGCAGACCUGUAAGGACAGAAGCUGCCUUACAAAGUAUAGCCUGUCCUCAGGUGUCUGUCAUAAGCAGGCCUGAAGUGGUGUCUAGUGAAAGCCUUGAGCACAGUUCCAGCUUUAUCACCAUUACAACAAAGCAAGACAGCAAGAACUUGCAGGCAGGUUGCUCAAGUCUUCGAGAAGUGCCUCUUGCUCCUCAAGAUAAAUUAAUUGAGGUGGUUACUCCCAGCCAAGGUUUUGCUGAGCAAUUAAGAGGUCCUUCAGCAUUUAAAAAUGAAGCAGAUGCUGCCUGUGCCAAUCAGUAUAACACUAACAAUAGAAUUUGUUGGCAUGACGAAGAGGCGAUGAGUACUGACCAGCCAGUGGUUAGCCAUCUGAGCUCCGGUAAGCAUAAGGAAUACGCAGAGCAAAACUGCUUAAAAAAUGUCAAAACUGAACCCUCCAGUUACACACAGAUGUCAGAGCUGCAGUCCAGGAGCCUUCUGACGAGCAUUGCUGUUCCUGUUAAAUCAGAAGCUAAUGAGUCUGACAAGUGCUUCAGGAUGGACACCGAGGAUUUUACAGGAGCUGAAAUGCCUGCCCAGCCCGCCGAGAUGGCCACGAGCGCGCAGCCGCCGCAGACCUCCAAGACAUCCAUUGCAGACUCCAUGGAAGACUCCCUGACCCUGACAACAGAAACCCUAAAGAGGGUUUCCAGUGCCGGGGGCUCGAGCUGUCGCUUGUCGUCAGUGGAGGCCAACAACCCCUUGGUGACACAGUUACUGCAAGGCAAUCUGCCUUUAGAGAAAGUGCUGCCGCAGCCCAGGUCAGGAGCCAAGCUAGAAAUUAACAGGCUGCCCUUGCCUUUGCAAACUACCUCAGUAUGUAAAACAGCAGUGUCCGAGAGAAAUAUCGGUGAGCAUCCUUCCAACUCUCCUAACCCAGAUGGUAAAGGAUUCGCAGCAGGCAGCAUAGCCCCGCUGCAGAUCAGGAAGCGUGAAAACCAUCCGAAAAAGAGGAUGGCCAGGACUGUAGGGGAGCAUGCUCAGAUUAAAUGCGAGCCUGGGAAGGUGUCGAUGGACACAGACGUUAAAGUGGCUCCUUGUGUCAUUAGUUCCAGCAUGAAUCAGCUAGGGCAUGGCCAGCCAUUUAAGCAGGAAUGGCUGAGCAAACAUGCCAUUCAGAGCCGAAUCGCUCACAGCCCGGAGAUCAAGCAGCAGAAGAGGCCGUUGCCUUCGUGCAGUUUCCAGCAGAGCUUGUUUCACAUGGAUAAAAAUGGCAGCUUUCACGCAGAAGCUAGUACCUCACACAGACAGCAUUUUUACCAAAUGUCCAUGGCUGCAAGAGGCCCCAUUCCUACAGCAGCUUUGUUGCAAACUACUUCAAAAGGCCCACCUGGCUGCAACACGUUUGCUUUUAGCAGACACCUGGAACAGAAGGGCUUGGGAGAUGUGAAUAUUUCUACAGCAGCUCACCAGCUGAGGCUAGGAAGUGUGUUUUCCCCUAAUAUUCCAAUUAAGGAAGGUGAUGACAUUGCCAGUGCCUCUCAAACUCUGCAGAGUAAAACAUUAGUGCAUCCCCCUCCUCCCCCUCCACCCCUGCCACCUCCUCCCCCUCCUCACCCAAAUGCAGAAGUCCCCUCUGAUCAAAAACAACCGACAGUUACUAUGGAAACCACUAAAAGACUUAGUUGGCCUCAGCCAGCAAGCAUCUGUAGCAAUAUAAAAUCUGAACCUAUUUCUUUUGAGGAAGGUUUAAGCAGCAGCUGUGAACUGGGCAUGAAACAAGCUUCCUAUGAUCAGAGCGAAGUGAAAGAACAGUUAAAAGUGUUUGCAUUAAAAAAUGCAGAUUUCUCUUCCUAUUUACUUUCUGAGCCACAGAAGCCUUUUCCCCAACUUGCUGCUCAGAAAAUACAGGCGCAGCACCCACAGCAGCAGCAGCAGCAGCAGCAGCAGCAGCAGCUCUGUGGAAGUUACCCAACAAUACACUUUGGUAGCACAAGCUUCAAACGGGCAGCAUCUGCCAUCGAGAAAUCGAUUGGGAUUUUAGGAAGUGGCUCCACCACUGCCACCAGCCUGUCUAACCAGAACGCCCAGCUCCCAGUUCAGAAGUUUGCUGACAGCAGCAAUGCUGAUGAGCUGGAACUGAAAUGCUCGUGCAGGCUGAAAGCCAUGAUUGUCUGCAAGGGCUGUGGAGCCUUCUGCCACGAUGACUGCAUAGGGCCUUCCAAACUCUGUGUAGCUUGCCUGGUGGUGCGGUAGGAGCUGGAUCAAAGAUGCAGUAUCCCUUAGCAGUGUGGGAGAGCAGGACAAAGGCAUGGAGAAAUUGGAACAGUGUGGGCCCCUAAUGGUUUGCAAUUAGCUGAUUGAUUAUUUUUCUCCCCUAUUUUUUCC